GGCGUGUAUUUUGUUUCCGGCCACGUCUCUUAGCAGAAGACGCCGAGGGAGGGAGUGACAACACGGCGCCCCAGAGCCUCGCGUGAAGACAAAUAUGUUCAGCUGAUGCCCGGGGAGCGAGGAGGCGGCCAAGAGACACUACAACCAUGGAGAGAAGCUGGCUGGUGGUGUUAGCAGGGCUGGCGUGCUGGCUGGCCGUGGCUGCCGGGGUGGAGCUUACCUUCGAGCUCCCAGAUAAUGCCAAGGAGUGUUUCUACGAGGAGAUAGAGAAGGGAACGGCUUGCUCCCUCGAAUUCCAGGUGGUGACAGGUGGCCACUAUGAUGUGGACGUUGUACUUGAGGGACCUUCGCGACAGAUCUUAUACCGGGAGAUCAAGCAGCAAUAUGGACAGUUCCAGUUCACUCCCGAUCACACAGGCACCUACCAGGUGUGCUUCAGUAAUGAAUUCUCUACCUUUAGCCAUAAGCUUAUAUAUGUAGACUUUCAAGUUGGGGAUGAGCCGCAGCUGCCAGGGGUUGGGGACCACUUCACUGCCAUGACACAGAUGGAAUCAUCUUCACAAAAAAUACAUGAAGAUCUAAAUUCUGUCAUAGACUACCAAACCCACCAUCGUCUAAGGGAGGCUCAAUCCCGCAAAAGAGCAGAAGACCUCAACGAGCGGGUGCUAUUUUGGGCUGUGGGGGAGACCCUUGGCAUCUUGGUAAUUACAGUGGGACAAGUCAUGGUAUUAAAGAACUUCUUUGCUGACAAAAAAGGAAACCAAGCUUCCUACUAGAUAGUGGUGUGUGAAAGAGAACUAAUCAGUGAUGAAGUUGGUGUAAGCUGCACUUCCAACUGUUUGAAAAAGACUCUGGCUGCAUCAAGGCUACAAGCUUUGUUACAGGGAUUAAGGAAUUUCAUUAAUUUCCUGAUUGUGGUUUUCUGUAUUAAAGACACUCAUUGAAUGGGUAUUAGUUUUUUUCUUCAGGAGACUGAGCACAGUAAUUGAAGUCAGAACAAAAGGAAAAUAAAUAUUAGUUGCAGUCAAGUGGAAUUUUUAUCAUAUUUCUAUUAUGGUAUGGGAUAAAUUUUACAUCAAACUAAGAGUAUUUGUCAAUGGUAAAUGUUUGUGUCUUGUCUGACAGCUGCAUAUUUCAGUAUCAAUUUGCAGUGCCAUCAUCAGUCUAGCAAGAUAUUAUACUCUUAAUACUGUACUUACUGUAGGGCUUUCAAAACUCGAGAAAAAUUUCUUGCAAAAUUGACUUCUCUAAUUACAUUCGUAUUUACUUUGACAGUCAUGUGACUUCAACAAAUACUAUCUCGAUUUACCAGUUACAAAAAGAGACAAAAAUUCCACCAUACAUUUGGUGGUCUAAUGCAGCCCUUACCUACAAGUAUUCAAGGAAAGAUCUCUGGUUAGUAAUGUUAUGUUAAUUGAACAUAAAAUGUCUAAUGAUCUUUUUAACAUUUAAAGUUUUGUCUCCAAGUAGUUUUAGUUGUUGUAGGACGUGUUAUGAAAGUGGUCAACCAAUCUGCCAAUAGUACUGUCAAAGUUGGGUUGGUGAUUGAUGGGAGAAAUGUCAACCUGGAGCAUAAGGACAAGUUUAUCUUGAACUGCAUUUGCUUAUCUUGUACAAUUAGUCUAGGUUUUCUUUCUCAAGCUUAAAAUUUUACAGAUCUGGGAGGGAGGAAGAUUUAAGGAUGUUUCAUGUUUAGCUUUACAUACUAAAAAAAGAUUUUGCACCUCCUAGCAGAAUGUUAGUGAAUAUUUUUCUUACAACCACAUUAUCAGUUUGGGAAAAAAAGUUAGUUGCAGUGAAUGAGAGUUGUGUAAAUAUGAGGCUGUAUUUAACUAAUGUUUCUGGUGUUUGUUGCUUGCCUCACUAAGAAUGUUCCCUGUGUCGGGCUGAAGGGGGAUAAGAAAAUCACCUUGGUGACAGUCACAUACAUUUUGCACAAACAUUGGCAUAUGAUGUACCAAUAGAAUAGCUCAUGACUACAUUUUGAUACAUUAAAAAAAAUAACAGGAAUGUUGCAUUUGAUAAGUCAGUGUGCUCUUGAAAUAAAUUAUAAGCAAUAACCUUUCCCCCAAACAGUCCAGCAGUUCAUAACCAGAGGUAAAGAAUACAAGUCUCUUGUGUGGCUAUGUAUGAAGAUAAUUAUUGUUUUGUAUGUAAGGUCUUAAUAAAAUAUGACAAAAAUG